CGGGUGGCCGGGCGAGGCGCUCGGCUCGCAGGUGGCUCCUCCUUCGCUUUUCCCGAUCCCCGGACGCGCCAGGCACCGUGCCGGGUGGCGCGGGAACGCCUUUGUGCCCGGUCUUGGGAACGCGCAACAGCAGCUGCGCGUCCCGGCUCAUUGCUCCGCUUCUCCCGGUUCCCGGCAGGUGCGGACGGCGCGCGGGAUCCGCACGUGUCACCGCCGCGGCUGGGGCGCGGGGACUCGCGGGCGCCUGCAGGGGCGUUCCGGGGAGCGCGGCGGGCUAUGAAGCACCUGAAGCGGUGGUGGUCGGCCGGCGGCGGCCUCCUGCACCUCACCGUUCUGCUGAGCUUGGGGGUGCUUCGCGUGGACCUGGACCUCUACCUGCUGCUGCCGCCGCCCACCUUGCUCAGUGACCAGCUGCUGCUCCUGGGCGGCCCGGCCAGCUCCGCCUAUGCGCUCAGCCCCCUCCCCGCCUCGGGAGGGUGGGGGCGCGCGGGCCAGCUGCACCCCAAGAGCCGGGACCUGGACCCCGCCGCGCCGCCCGAGGGCCAGCUGCUCCGGGAGGUCCGCGCGCUCGGGGUCCCCUUCAUCCCCCGCACCCGGGUGGAUGCCUGGCUGGUGCACAGCGUGGCGGCAGGGGACGCGGACGAGGCCCACGGACUUCUAGGCGCUGCCGCCGCCUCGUCCGCCGGAGAAGCCGGCGCCAACGUGGACGGCGGCGGCCAGGCUGUGCAGGGCGGCGGCGGGGACCCCCGAGAGGCUCGCAGUGGCCCCUUGGGCGCCGGGGAAGAGGAGACGGCACUCGCGGAACAGACGGCUCCGGUGCCGGACACCGGCGGUUGCGCGAGCGAGGAGAAUGAAGUACUAAGAGCAAAGCAUGAAGGUGUGGAUCAUAGUUCCCAGCAUGAGGAAAAUGAAGAAAGGGCGUUAGCCCAGAAAGAGAACUCAUUUCAGCAGAAUAAUGAAGAUGAAAACAAAACAGCAGAGAAACCCGAUUGGGAGGCAGAAAAGAGCACUGAACCUAGAAAUGAGAUACAUCUGAAUGGCACAGAUAUUUCUCCCUCUCUGGAAGACUUACUCCAGUUGCUUUCAUCACAGCCUGAAAAUUCACUGGAGGGCAUCUCACUGGGAGAUACUCCUCUUCCGGGCAGUAUCAGUGAUGGCAUGAAUUCUUCAGCACAUCAUCAUGUAACCUUCAGCCAGGCUAUAAGCCAGGAUGUGAAUCUUCAUGAGGCCAUCUUGCUUUGUCCCAACAAUACAUUUAUAAGAGAUCCAGUAGCAAAGACUUCACAGCCACAAGAACCAUUUCUGCAUUCUCAUACUACUAAUCCUGAGCAGACCCUUCCUGGAACUAAUUUGACAGGAUUUCUCCCACCUGUUGACAAUCCUAUGAGGAAUCUGACAAGCCAAGACCUUGACUUAAAUAUAUUUGAGGAGAUAGACCUAAUGUCAUUACUGGCCACAGAAAACGACCUGGAUCAAAUCGAUAUUUCUCAGCUUUUUGAUGAACCGGAUUCUGAAUCUGGCCUUUCUUUGGAUUCAAGUCACAACAGUACCUCUGUCACCAAAUGUAAUUCCUCUCCCUCUAUGUGUGAUGAAGGUGCUACAGGUUAUAGUACUGACUAUGACUUAGGUGCUGUAGGAGGCUACUACCAAGAACCCAAUAAGCUUUGUCACGUGGAUGACGACUCUGGUUUCCAUGGGGAUCUUACAUUUCAACACGUAUUUCAUAACCACACUUACCACUUAAAGCCAAGUGCACCAGAAUCUACUUCUGAACCUUUUUCAUGGCCUGGGAAGUCACAGAAAAUAAAGAGUGGGUACCUUGAAGAUGCAGAUAGAAACUUGAGCCGUGACGAACGGCAUGCUAAAGCUUUGCAUAUCCCCUUUUCUGUAGAUGAAAUUGUCCGCAUGCCUGUUGAUUCUUUCAAUAGCAUAUUAAGUAGGUACUAUUUGACAGACCUACAAGUGUCACUCCUCCGCGACAUCAGACGAAGAGGGAAAAAUAAAGUUGCUGCUCAGAACUGUCGUAAACGCAAAUUAGACAUCAUUUUGAAUCUAGAAUACGACGUAUGUAACUUGCAAGCAAAGAAGGAAACGCUGAAGAGGGAGCGAGCACAAUGUAACAAAGCUAUUAACAUAAUGAAACAGAAACUGCAGGACCUUUAUCGUGAUGUUUUUAGUAGAUUAAGAGAUGACCAAGGUAGGCCAGUUAAUCCAAACCUCUAUGCUCUUCAGUGUAGCCAUGAUGGAAGUAUCUUGGUAAUACCCAAAGAACUGGUGGCCUCAGGCCACAAAAAGGAAACCCAAAAGGGAAAGAGAAAAGAGAGAAAAAACUGAAGAUGGACUCUAUGUCAACUACUCAUGUUCAGAAACUGAUUAUUUGAAUCAGAAACCGCUGAAACUUCGUAUUAUAGUACUGCUACUUGAAUAACUCAGGCUGUUUUGAAGCUUACAUGGACAAAUGUUUAGGACUUCAAGAUCACACCUGUGGGAAAUCUGGGGGAACCACAACUUUUCACAAAAUUGUCGUGAAUACAUUGUAUACAAGAUUCAUCAACUUAUGUUAAUAAGAUUUUCCACUUUGGCAGCCAUCCUUUUUAGUAAGUCAAUCACUUCAAAAAGAGCUAACACUGGGGGUGAAAUUUUAAGAGUUGUUUCAGUUUUUAAAAUGCAGAAUAGCCUUACUACUUUGCUAGCACUAUAGUGAGCUUUUCAAACACUUUUAAUCUAUUUAACUUAUAAAUUUUGCUUUGUGGAAAUAAAUGUAUUUGUAUUAAAAAA